AUGUCUCUGAAAGUACUAAAAGAUUGGUACUAUAAACAAUCAAAUACAAAGAAAUGGUAUCCAGCAAACUCUGAUACCUAUGGAAACCAAAUUCACACGGAUUUAUUGUUCAAUAAACAGAUUAGAGACCCUUUCGUAGACGAUAACGAAAUAGAUGUACAAUGGGUGGGAAAAGUCGAUUGGGACUAUAAAACCAAUUUUGAGGCAUCAGACGUCAACAAAAGACAUGAAUUGGUCUUCAAUGGACUAGACACUUUUGCUACUGUUUAUCUCAAUGGCAAGGAAAUCUUACAAAGUGAUAAUAUGUUUAGAAUAUUUAAGGUAGACGUUAAAUUGGAAGAACAGAAUCAAUUAUUGAUAAAAUUCAAGAGCGGGUUGAAUGAGUCGAGGAAGAUAGAAAAGAUCAACGGCUCUCUUUACUGCUCUAACGGUGAGACAUCGCGUUUACAUGCAAGAAAAGCCCAGUAUCAUUAUGGCUGGGAUUGGGGCCCCCUCUUGAUGACUUGUGGUCCUUGGAGGCCAGUCGAAUUGGUAGAAUAUGACUUGGGAAAAAUUGAAGAUUUCUAUAUCAAUUAUGAUGUUAAAAGUCUCUCAAAUGUCAACAUACGUUUUGAAUUAAGUAUAGAACAAAAUUCAACUGAUAUGGAAUUAGAAGUUAAGAUAAUAUCCCCACAAGGGAAACUUAUCGAAGUCGUUAAAAGCAUGGCUCGGCCUAAGAGUACUAUCCAUUUCAACUUGCAAACACCAAGUCUUUGGUAUCCCAAAUCAUACGGUGAGCAGUCACUCUAUCAAUUUAUAGCGACUUUGUCUCAUAAAGAUAACAUCCUACACGUAGUGAAGAAGUCUGUGGGGUUAAGAAAAGUUGAAUUGAUAGAGGAAAGUAUCGAAGAAGAUUCUGGUAGUUCGUUUUACUUUCGUAUCAAUGAUGUGCCAAUUUUUUGCCAAGGUUCUAACUGGAUACCUUCACAUUCCUUCUCGAGCUCUCUAACGAGUGACGAUUACCGAAAAUGGGUCCAAUUGGUUGAUGAUGGUAAUCAAAAUAUGCUUCGAAUCUGGGGCGGAGGUAUAUAUGAACAUGAUUCUCUAUAUGAGGAAUGUGAUAGAAGAGGAAUUCUUAUAUGGCAUGAUUUUAUGUUUGCAUGUGGUAUAUACCCAGCGUAUCCUUCAUUUGUUGAAAAUGUUAAAAAAGAGUUGUGUGAUCAAUUAAAAAGGCUUAGAAACUAUUGCUCCAUUAUAGUUUACGCUGGGAACAACGAAGACUAUCAGGUUGCUGAGAGCAUAAAGCAAACCGAAUUUCCUGCAAGACUCUUGUACGAAGAUGUGUUUCCAACAUUGGUGAAACAGUUUACUAAUGUGGCUUACAGAUUUGGAUGUCCAUAUUCAAGUCCCCAUAUACGUACUGAUGAUCCUAAAAUCGGGGACAUACAUCAGUGGAAUGUCUGGCAUGGGACACAAGAAAAAUAUCAAGAUUGGGACAAAUUGGUGGGUAGAUUUGUGUCUGAAUUUGGUAUGCUUGCCUUUCCAAAUGCUAAAAGUUUAACUAAAUGUAUCACUGUUGAAUCUCAACUAUAUCCUCAACUGAGAUUAAUGGAUCACCAUAACAAGUCUGAUGGAUUUGAAAGAAGACUUGCUUUGUAUGUUAUGGAAAACUUUAGAGUAAAGAGUAUGGCUCUCAAAGAAUGGAUAUACCUCACCCAAAUUAUGCAACUGGAAUGCCUAGCAUAUGCAUACAGGCUCUGGAAAAGAGAAUGGGGUCAGCAGAAUAAGAGAAAAUGUGGAGGAGCAAUUGUCUGGCAAACUAAUGACUGCUGGCCAGUUACAAGCUGGUCGAUCAUAGAUUACUAUAAGGUGCCUAAAUUGGCUUACUACGCCAUCAAGAGAGAAUGUGAGGAGAUAACGGUGGGAUUAAAAAGGUUUAGCAAACGAAUUGCAGAUCCUGAUGAACCUGAAGAUCUUUCGAAGCAAACUCCAUACCACGAUUACGCUAGAAAGGUCUAUCAGGUCGAUCUCUGGGGAACUAACUCUACUUUGAAAACCUUUGAAGGCUACGUUAAGAUGCAAAUAUUUAGCACCGAAAAACUUAUCAAGGAAUUUCCUCUAAAGAAAAUAACUUUAAAUGCCAAUCAAGUCACUGAAUUGAUGAGUGAACCUCUUUCACUGGAUGACAUAGUUUUCGUCCAGUUGUUCAAUGAGAAUCAGGAAGUGAUAUAUAGAGCCAGUGACUGGCCUCAGCCUCUCAAAUACCUUAUCUGGUCUGAUAAGACGUCCAUUCUGUAUCGUUUGGAUGGCUCCAAUUUGGUUUUACUGACAAAUAAACCGCUUAAAGGAGUAGAAAUAUUGGUCGAGGAACCGGGUAUCGUGCAGGAUAACUCAAUUGAUUUAUUUCCUGGUGAUAGCUACAGUGUUAAAGUUAAUAACGUUACACCAGACCACAAGAUCGAAUUCAAUUAUCUCUCUAACUAA